AAUUAUUUUCAGGUCAUCGGUUUGUUGCAGCAAUUUAUUUUUAUAUUUUUCUUAAUUCUGGAACAAUCAACUAACAUCUUUAUUCAAAUUAAAAAUAAUGACAUACCGAAAAGUCUCCCAACAAGAUUUACAACACCAAUCUAGAGAAAUCCGUUCUCAAUUAUUUGAACAAAUAAAAUGUUUGGAACAACGAUCGAAUGAUAAAGUUGCUAUAUUUCAAGAAAUUAAUGAUUUCCUCAAAAAACGUGCAGAAUUAGAUUUGCAAUAUUCAAAAGAGCUUGACAAACUAGUUAAAUCUGUUAUGAUGAGACACAAAGCUGAAAGACAAAGACGCCCUAAUUGGUCUAUUUAUUCAAUCUGUAAUUUAUGGCAACAAAUUGUGGAUGAUGCUAAAGAUGAAGCUAAACAACGUUCAAUAAUUGCUGAUGUUUGUACAAAUUACAUAAUUCCAGGAAUUAAUAAUAAAUGUAAUUCACUCCAAAAAAUGUCUAAAAAGGUUUUUAAAAUAUUUUUAUAA